UGACGUCAUGACGCUUCUCCACGUCGCAGUUGGGUCUCUCCGUUGAGUUCGCUGCGUGUGAAUGCGUGUCUCCAGCUAGGCCAGAGAGCGAUGGCGGCGCCCGUCCUGAGAGUGUCCACCCCUCGGUGGGAAAGAAUAGCUCGGCUCCUUGUCUGCUUGUUGGGCAUAUUAUUGUCUCUAUAUGCCUUUCACGUGGAGAGGGAAAAGGCUCGGGACCCGGGUUAUAAGGCUAUGUGCGACGUCAGCAGCUCCAUCAGCUGUUCGAAAGUGUUCAGCUCAAGGUGGGGUCGAGGGUUUUGGACUCCUGGGCUCGAUUUUGGAAAUGACAGCGCACUGAAUCAACCCAACAGUGUCUACGGGAUUGUCUUUUAUGCCUUUCAGCUCCUACUAGGGAUGACUGUGAGCGCAAUGGCCGCCCUUAUUCUCAUGACGACAUCCAUCUUGUCGGUGGUGGGCUCGCUCUACCUGGGCUACAUCCUCUACUUUGUCCUAAAGGACUUCUGCAUCAUCUGCAUCACCACAUAUGCGCUGAACUUCAUUCUCUUUAUUCUCAACUACAAGCGACUGGUUUACUUGAACGAGGCCUGGAAGCAGCAGCUGCAGGCCAAGCAGGACUAAGCUGUCUGGAGAGCGGCAAGAAAAAUACGAUAAAUAAACAAACAACAACAACAACUAAAAAAAAAGAAAUGUGACCUCUGAACAUUUGACUUGCCACCAGGAGACCUUGCUUCCAAAACAAUGUUUAUUCUGCUGUGUGUUCAAAAAAUGAAGAAAUUUAACUUAAAUGUUGGGCCUGACAUCUCAAUGUUGCAAAACACGGAAGGAUUCGUAAGUGAAAGAUUUUUCUUUUAAUUUCUUUUUCCUUGUUUAACAUUGUACUCACUUAAGGACGGGGCUGGCUGUGUGUGUAUGCGUUCCUGUGUGUGAAUGUUAGUGUGUGUGGGGGAACACGUCAAAACGAGCAAGCAGAGGCAGAAUCUACAAACAGAGCGAUGGAGGACAGCUCUGUUGUGAACAAAAAGGAUCGCAGAAUGGAUGAAAAACAAGACUUUAAAAGGGUUUACUUGAAAUGGUUAGAAAGGUCCUAUUACUGCACAGCGGAUCUGCACUAAAACUCAGAGCCGCAUAAGGGGUCCUAAAAUUGGAAAACACUCAUUAGGUCAUCGUACACUUUGCAGAUGAGGUUCUUUGGCGAGGAGGGGUGGGCAGGGGAGCAAAUGGAUUAACAUUUAUACAGAUUAGUUUCUUUCAUGUUUACACUUUGUAGUUGUUUUUUUCUUUUUUUUUUUUUUUUUUGAAGAGGACCACUAAAAGUAAACACAAGACAAUGUGAGAUAUUGUGCGUAGAUCAGUCCAAUUUUUGUUUUGCAAUUCUGUAAAUAGCUGCUGAGCAAUAUUCCAGGCUAGAUUGUGACUUAGUGUUGACACAAGCAAAACCUUUAAAGGAAAAACAAAAACAAACAAAAAAAAACCCGCCCAUGAAACAGGAGGAAACACGAGGCAAAAUCUGGAACAAAACAGUGAUCGAGGUCUUGGUUGGGUUGACGGGUCCGACGAAGUGCUCGUCCUGUAAACCUGGUCAGGCAUGCAGUUCAGAGUCAUGUGGAUUUCUUUGUUGUAAGUGGUUACUGUUUCAUCUGAAGCCACCAACACAAGUACUUUCAACAGAGCUACAAGUUCUCUCCACCAAGUUUGCAUCAAAGCACCCUCACUCUCCUUUUUUUUUUCUUGUUAUUGUGUGAAAAGCAUUCCUGACCACCACUGAAGUGGGAUCCAUACAGACUUAUGUGCCUAAAGGAGUGUUAAGGUGAAUUACCUUUCUUUUUUUUACAGUAGGGGCGGGUUGGAGGGGGUAACGUCAUGUUAACACCAGUUUAUGCUCGUUGUUUUUAUUGUCACAGGUCCGAGGCUUUAUUUUUAUGAUCACAGUUUUGUAAAUUAAGAUACCAGUGAAGUGUUUUCUCCCUCCCUUAUAGAGUCUCUUGAGGUAGCAAAGGCUGCUACACUGUGAUUGUCUGCUAAAGGGUAGAGCGGCCUGGUGGCAGAAGCAUCUCUUAUCUGGCUGUUUCAGUUGCUCAUCUUGUUUUUGUUCACUGUGCAGCCUGUAUACAUUUGAUGUCAAUUGAACAGUAACGGUGAUCUUGUAAAGCUGAGUUGCUGUUCAUUUGCAGGAUGUGAACAGAACCUAGAGAAUGUUUUUUUUUUGUUAACAUAAACCUGACAAGGUGUAAGAAGAUAAAACGUUAUGCCAAGCCAUAUGUGGAGUUGGUGGGAUUUUUUGCCCCGUACAGAAGAUAAACGGUGCUGUUGGCUUUCUAAGAUGAUAAGCGUGAAGCUUUUCAUCGAGCAGUUGAUCCAGCAUAGCAUGGUGUGUAAACAGAUAGGUCACAGUACAUGCCACAGCUUGUGGUGGCUGCUUAGAAAUUAACUGUGUUCCAGUUCAGUCCAGCACCAGAUGACAAAGUAGACCCAUCAUGUCGUUUUCCACCCAGAAUCCACAGUUUGAAGUAUCCUGUCGGAUGCAUGGUACACUGCUUUCUCCUGGCUUUAAACAAAUGUUGGCCAUCGGACAAUCUUACACUGUCAAAGUUGUAGAGCAGUCGUAGUUAUAACUGUGAUGUGAUCAAUCUGUGAUGUUGAACCAGCUUGUUAAUAGUUUCCAUCACAGCUAGUCUCCAUUUCCCUUCAUGUUUUACAGCAUUCAAAGCCUCCUUUCAAGCCUCCUUUUUUUUGUUUAAGUAUUGAUGUUGGCAACUAUCAGGAAGGUAAUCUUGGUCAAAUACUUCCUGUUACAUCACAUGAAGUCAUCUGUACUGAAUGAAAAUGGAAAUUAAGGUGUAUUUGUUUUUGUUUCCCCAGGAUAUUGUCAAAGAGUUUGAACCAUUUACUGCUUAUCUAAGACGGGCUGUUACAUCAAUGUUACCCAUUUCCCAAAGCACAGCAUGUGUUAUUUAUUUGACUCUGUUAUUCCUGGUUGACAGUUUCAGCUCAUUUAGUUUUAGAAAAAUUCAAGAGAACUUAAGCACUUAUUUCAUCACCGUAAAGAUCAUGUACACUUUUCACUUUGGCCAAUUCUUCUCCUUUGGGUUUGAUAAACUGCUGUAUAUCAUGUACAUGUAAUACAGUUUGGGAGCCUACCAUUCCCUUCACUUUUACUCUGAUGGUUUGCAAUUAUGCACUGUACUCUGUUUUGUCUUUAAUCAACUCAUCUCCCAAAACCUGCCGCAUACAUUACCCAAUAUGCAACUCAACUUACUCAGGCAACGAUUUGUGUUUUGGUAAACUAGUAGCGGCAGCCUCAAGCUGCUAGAGAUGAGAGACGAGUCGGGGGUUAAACUCACUCCUUCCCAACCACAGUCUGUUUUAAACAUGUACGUAAUCUCUGUGACGUCAUCCACUGAUAUCUGAAGAGGUGUUUUGAAGCUCAAAGGUGGUGGUCGCCAUGUUGGAAAUACUGACCCAAACUAAUUAUUGAUUGGUCUGGAAUCAGAGAGGUGGAACUGUGAUGGGCCUUAAGCCUUCUGGCAAACCACUGUAAUGUGCCCACCUGCCAGUCAAAUCAACCACGCCCCCAAAUAUGUAAAUGUAUGCAUCACUUUUAGCCUUAACAUAAUCAAGACAGAUAAGUUGUAAAAAAAAAAAUCACUUGCAUUGAAUAGGGUAAGAAAUUAGCCACUUAGACCAAAUGGUCAUUGUUUUAACAUGUGUGAUACUGGGAUUUAAACACAUCACUCCUUAUUGGGUAAAACCUCAUAGCCUGCCAUUAAAUGGAAAAAGGUCUUAAAGGUCUAUUUGACUCCCAAGUUCAAUCCAAAUGUGUUCAAUCAAUGUUUUUCAGAUUAAAAGUACCCCAAUUUUAGCCAUUACACCUCAACUCACCAACACUUGGAAAUUGAUUUUGAGUUCCAUGAUGUAAAACUACAAAUCUUUGAGACUUAUUUUUUUAUUUUGCACAAGACAGGAACAGGAGUAGUUUUAAUCAGGAAGAGGAAGUCAUUUGAAGACGAUGUUUUGCUUUGGACAGUGGUUGGCAGUGAUGUUACAUUGACCUGAAUGGUUGUAAACUGGUGAACCAUGCUAGCACUAUAUGGUCCUCCAUAUAAUAAUUUCCUCAUGUCCUUAGAUGCCACCUGUAGGCUCUUCAUCAUACAGUUUUGUGUCGUUUGGUUUAACACCUCCUUUCAGCUCAGAAUGAGGUUAACAAACUGUUUAUGUUUUGCCUUUUUUCCCUUUUUCUGUGAAAGCAUGUGCAUUCACAGAAAACGCAAGUCUCCUUUGGAUUCACCUGCACAAGUCCAUUUUUUUGAGAGGUCAAACUGACAUUACCUUCAAGUUACUGUGGCAACAGCUGUGUCCUGUGAAACUGACAGAUGUACAGUAGGUAGCCUGGUAUUGCAUUUCUGAUUCAAGUCAAAUGCAAGCCUGUUACACUAGUGGUGUGCAGUUACCUUAAAGACAAAUGGGUAAGGUCAAAAGUUUGAAAUGUUUGGCUGUUAAAAGGAUCAAAGUGUAAUAUGAAAUGUCAAAAAGAAGGUCAAAUUGAUCAACACUGCAUUUUCAUCAAUGUUCAUUUAGGCCCGGAGGUAUAACUGCCAUGUUAGUUGCAUCACCAAUGCCAACAAAAGUGCCUUCUGUUUGAUCACUAGGCCUUGAGCCAAAGACGAGCAACAGUAUUAGCCUUGUAAAACGAAGAAUGGUAACUGUAACAGGCACUUCUGUUUGCCUUCCUUAAGAGAUAAUCUGAUAAAUUGGUAAUCCCCAAAGAUUGAUUUCCAGUUUCAGCGCAACAAUCCAUUCAGGAAUUGCCAGACAAAUAGCCCUGUCAAACGAAAGGCCGUUCCCUUUCCCCCCCUGAUCUCCACAUCGUAAUUCUCAUCUUUAUUUUGUCUAGCUAGGACAUGUUUGUUAGCUAAGAAUACACUCUGUUAAAACUACAUGAUUGUAAUGUUCCUUUUUCAUGAUUAAUUUUGCCCUUUAGCUGUAUAGACUGUUAACAUUCUGGGUUAAUUUUAGUUUAUUAAAAGUUGAGGGGUUGGAGGGCUAGGAAUCCAUGUGUCAGCAUUAAAUGUUUAUUACAUUUCUUUGUGGAGGAAAACUCACCGGGUUUGCUUCUGUAUUGCCAAAUAUGUUUUAAAAUGCUGUAUUUUCUUACAUGGAAAAGUGUUACAUGAAUGGUAGGAGGGUGCAAAAAAAACUCUGUUCAAAUCCAGCUUACUUUAAGGGAAAACUGUGGAAACGGUUGACAUGAGAACAUUUUUAAUUGUCAUUGUCAUGUGGAAAUGAUCUACCAUUAAAACAUUCCCUCUGAAACAGA